AUGCUAGUGUCUCUCCAUUCGCACUCGGGAGAGUUCUGUAGACAUGCAUCCGGAUCAUUGGAAGAGGUCGUAGAGUCUGCCAUAGCCAAAGGGUUCAAGGUCUACGGCCUAUCGGAACAUGUGCAUCGAUUUGACAUGCGCGAUCUCUAUCCGGAGGAGGCCGGUAUCACGCUCGAAGACCUCUCAGCAACUUUCGAGCGCUUUACGAUGAUGUCAAAUCAUCUCAAAGCCAAAUAUGCAGACAAGAUUGAACUCCUCGUGGGAAUGGAAACCGAGAACAUUCGACAAGGCGACAUGCAGCGAACGCUUGACGUGUUGAAGCACCAUUCAGAUCGCAUAGACUAUCUCGUCGGCAGUGUACACCACGUCAACGGCAUUCCCAUAGAUUUUGAUAGGCCGACUUACGAGCGCUGUCUGGUCAGCUUAGCCGGUGAUGACAUCGCAGCUCGGCAGCGAAGCCUCUUUGAACAGUACUUUGAUGCUCAACAUGAAGUCAUACAACAGCUUCAGCCAGAAGUCAUCGGCCACUUUGACCUUUGCCGCCUAUGGGACCCUCAGAUCAGCUUUCGCGACUCACCCACGGUCUGGCACCGUAUCGAACGCAAUGUCAAGGCAGCAGUAAGCUAUGGCGCCCUUUUCGAGGUCAAUGCGGCUGCCUUUCGAAAGGGCUGGACAACCGCCUACCCCGGACCAGAUAUCCUGCAGCUCAUCAUGUCGCUCGGCGGUCGACUGACGCUUUCCGACGACUCGCACGGCCCACACGCUGUCGGACUGCAUUACGAAGAUGCAAUUCGUUACCUGAGAUCGUACAGAGUUGACAAUCUAUGGUAUCUGAGCAUGUUGGCACAGUCGCGCAGCCUAGGCGAUCAAAGACAGUCGCUUGCCGUAUACAAGGAGAUUACUGGGAGCAUGACUGUUGAUCGAAGUCGUCGGGAGCGUGAAGCAAGUGGCAAUUUGCAGGGUAAAGCAAUGGUUGAGCAUCGCAUGCAAGGCCUGAUCAUUCCAGUCCUUCGGCGGCGGACUCCUCCACACUCGGACAUUCGCAGAUGA